GACUUGUUACACCACACGCGGCUGCUGUUGCUGCCUCUGCACCGAUGGACCGCGAUUAACAGAAGAAAGUGAACGUGAUUUCAGGUACGGCGGAAGGGGUCGGUAACCGGCCAUCGUUCCGUCGUCGAACCUUAGAACCGCGUUUAAAGCGCAAACGGCACGGCACUCGCGCGUUGUUCACAACUCCAUCACACUUGUCGUCGUCGUCUUCGUCGCGCCGCCGUCGCAAAUUUGACCGAUUUCGAGAAGUCGUCGUACUCCGGGUGAUAAAAUGACGAACGAAGGAGUGGGAAAGUGGUAUAGCGGUCGUUCGGUGUUCAUCACCGGAGGUACCGGCUACAUGGGAAAAGUGCUCAUCGAAAAGCUGCUUAGAGACUGCGGCGACGUCCAGUUCAUUUACGUACUGUGUAGACCGAAGCGAGGUUUCAGCCCGGCAGCCAGGAUAGAGCAAAUAAGGAAAUUAGCAGUGUUCGACCGUUUGCGCAUCGAGUGUCCGGAAAGAUUGAAAAAAAUCAAAGCGAUGGAAGGUGAUUUGGGCCAACCUGGGCUUGGAUUGAGUGACGAAAACAAAUCGAUUCUUAUCAACGAAGUGUCAAUCGUUUUUAACGGAGCGGCGUCGUUGCGCUUGGAAUCCGGUCUGAAGGAUGCGAUAAGACAUAACACAACUGGAACGAAACACGUGUUGGACUUGGCCGUUCAAAUGAAAAAAUUGGCGUCGUUUGUCCAUUUGUCCACGGCUUUCUGUCAUUGCGAGUAUGACACACUCGACGAAACGAUUUAUCCAUCGCCGGCCAAUCCGGAGGACGUCAUGCGCGCUGUCGAAUGGAUGGACGAUCAUACGAUUGAAAUCAUCACGCCUAGAUUGCUCGGGCCCCAUCCGAAUUGCUACACGUACUCCAAGAGGUUGGCGGAAUCAUUGGUCAGCCAAUACGCUAACCGGAUUCCGAUAUCUGUGGCCCGACCAUCGAUCGUGACGCCUGCGUUCAGAGAGCCCGUUCCCGGAUGGGUGGACAGCUUAAACGGUCCGGUAGGAGUCAUCGUGGCUGGUGGCAAAGGCGUGAUCCGGUCCGUGUUGUGCAGUCCGGAUUACGAAGCGGAAGUGGUGCCCGUAGAUAUUGCGAUUAACGCUCUGAUUUUGAUCGCUUGGAAGAGAACAAUGAUCAAUAACGAAAUGGACGAUAUGGUGCCGUGUUACAAUAUAUCCAAAGGAGACAUUGUUCACUUGACUUGGGGUGAAACUUUGGCCAAAGGAAAACGGUACGCAUAUGAGUAUCCAUUCGACGCAGGUCUAUGGUACCCCAACGGAUCGAUAAGGACCAACAAACUGGUGCACUAUUUCAUAGUGUUCUGGCUGCAGGUCGUGCCGGCCUACUUGAUCGACGGAAUCAUGGUGUUGGCCAGGCAAAAGACAUUCAUGGUACGUGUUCAGAAGAGGAUUGCGGUCGGCAUGGAAGUGUUGCAGUACUUUACCAUGCGCAGUUGGAACUUCAAAAUCGAAAACACUAAAGCGUUAAUAAACGGUCUGAAUGAAGCGGACAUGAAAAAAUUCUUCAUUCAGAACACCGAUGUUGACAUUGAAAAGUACAUGAUCCAAGUGUUAUUGGGUGCUCGUCAAUAUUGCAUGAAAGAGCCUCUUGCAAAUCUGGACCGGGCGAGAUUUCAUCUAAAACUGUUAUAUUGGCUGAAUUUGGUCACACAACUGUUGUUCGGAUUUUUCCUCUUGUGGGUGUUUGUACGUGCGUUCGAUUCUUUCAAGUUUUUGUUGGACUCCACUACGAGUUCGUUCACAAACGUACCAAUCAUUGGAUCGUUAAUACCGAAAUGAUGUACCUACUGCGAACAACCAUAUUAUUAUUAUUAUUAUUAUAUCACUAAAUCGCAAUACUGUUAUUGCGUGUGUAGAUUGCACGCAUAAUAAUUCACACAUAAUUAUUAUAUUACAUAUUCUGUAUAGAUUGUUAGUGUACACAAUUUUUUUUACUACUGUAGAAUGGACGAUCAUAUUAUUAUAUUAUAUUUUAUAGAUUUUAUAUUAUGUUAUAAUAUUUAAAAUUAUACGCGUAUUGUGUGGCUGAUACGACAAAUCAUAGUUUGUUUUUUAAGUAUUUUGAUUUUC